GAGGGAGAGCGAGGGAGCGAGGGGCGAGCGUUGGGGAGCAGCAUGGAGACCUCGGCUGACUGGCUGGCCACCGCCGCCGCCCGGGGCCGGGCUGACGAGGUGCGAGCGCUGCUCGAGGCGGGGGCGCCGGCCCCCGCGCCGAACCGUUACGGUCGGAGCCCGAUUCAGGUCAUGAUGAUGGGCAGCGCCCGCGUGGCCGAGCUGCUGCUGCUCCACGGUGCGGACCCCAACUGCGCGGACCCCGCCACCCUCACCCGACCCGUGCACGACGCCGCGCGGGAGGGCUUCCUGGACACGUUGGUGGCGCUGCACCGAGCCGGGGCGCGGCUGGACGUGCGCGACGCCUGGGGCCGCCUGCCCGUGGACCUGGCUGAGGAGCGGGGCCACCGCGACGUCGCCCGCUACCUGCGCGCGGCUGCAGGGGGCACCGAAGGCGGGAGCCACGCCCUCGCAGACUCCGCGGAAGGUCCCGCAGGUGAGGUGGCUGAUCCACGAGUUUGA